GGUCAUGUGACUUAGGGAAAUGUACCAUGGUAUACGACAGCGUAGUCUGAGUGAUUUGUUUACAUCAUGUAAUGCUUGUUUUUACACCAAACUACUUGAAAUGAAGGAUAUAAACUAGCAAUAUGGGAAAUAAGGAGUCUAAACCCUCGAUCAUACCUUACGAGGAGGCAAUAAAAAGAGUGUCUGAGGAUGAGUUGAAAAGAUUAAGGGAGGCAUUCAAACGCUACUCAAUCCCAGCAGGCUAUAUGAGCAAACUCAUCUUCGUCAAAGAUGUCAUGGGAGAUGCUAUGCCUCAAAAACUUGGAGAGCAUCUUUUCUUUGCUUUCGGCGGGACUAAUAAGGGAAUUACUUUCAAGGAUCUGUUUUGUGGACUUGUCUUGCUGACAAGAGGAAGGCAAGCAGAAAAACUUAGAUUUAUAUUUGCAAUGUGUGCAAACCAGGAGAAUGGCCUGUAUGUUACGAAGAUGGAUCUCAACAAUUUCAUCGCAGCCUGUGACGGUAACACCCCCGCUGCAGACCUCAUGGGGUUAUUCAGAGAGUCUGACCGUGUCUCUUACGAGCAAUUUUGUACCUGGCUACUGAAGAAUAGUGAUGUUAUGAAGCUGUCGGCAUGGUUACUACAGGACAAUAGCAAACAAGGUCUGCGUCUAUCUGAUGAGAGUGACACACCCACCUUUUACCAGACACUAGCUGGAGUGACGCAUCUGGAAGAGGCAGAUAUAAUUGAACUAGAAAAGAAAUAUUGGGUACUACAAGCACAAUCAAAGUCAGGAAGACUGGAUCUUGAUACCUUCACCCCGCUGAUUGCACCACCCAUGCCUGCAGAACUUGUGGAAGGUGUAUUUAAUGCUUUUGAUGAGAAUCAAGACAAUCACAUUGACUUGAAGGAAAUGGCGUGUGGACUGUCGGCAUGCUGCAGAGGACCACUUGCAGAGAGACAAAAAUUCUACUUCAAGAUCUUUGAUGCGGACCGUGACGGGAGACUGUCCAAGACGGAGCUGGAGAAGAUGUGCACGGCUCUUCUCAACGUUCGUCGAGAAUCCAGGGUGGGGCUUGAGAUUGACUUCAAAGCCGUUGAGAACCUGAAUCCUGUGGAUAUCGCCGUAGACAUCCUAUCAAAGCAUGCUGGAGACAGUGAUCAAGGUAUCACUGCCGAAGAGUUCCAGGUGUGGGCCGUCAAGAACAGCCUCCCAGAUGACUUCAAUAAGUUACUCUUUCAGAUCUGUCAUAUCAUACUUGGUCUAAGACCGCAGAGUACGGUGGAGGAGAAAGAGGUAAUCAUGGGAUGGGUAGAGAGAGAAAGAAGGAGAGGACUGAGGCCAGCUCAAACCUGGUACCUCAUCUCAGCCCAGUGGUGGAAAAGCUGGAAUGACUAUGUCAACUACAAGCCGACCAGUAGUAGUGGCCAACAAACCUCAAGACAUGCUGGUGUCCAAACCAGCCUAUCUGCCCUCUCCCCGAACCACACCACCCCGUCCUCCUCACCGUCCUUCACGCGUCGCACCCAGGGCAACGGCAGCCAGGCUUGGAGCGACUCCCGCCAAUCCCGCUCCUCCCCCUCGUCCCCUUCGUCCAAUCAGAAUGCAACCACCAUCUCAAGGCCGGGCACGUCGCAUUCACUUCCUCGCCACGCCUCGUUGGGUGGAUCUACCAGCAGUGUGAAACCUUUGCAGCAUGCGUCAUCAUUCAACAGUGCUAGCCCGUCUAGGAAGAGACCUGGACACGCUGUAGCCAUUCCUACCAACUCUAUUCCGUGCAAGCCGGGCCCUAUUGAUAAUACAUCUCUUGUAGCAGCUGAUAAUAAAAAGCAAGUAUCUACCCUGACUAACGAGGGCGGUAGACUAAGACGGCACCCUCCAAUCGCACAGAACAAAGACUAUGAAAUCAUUCCGGACCCUGUCUGGAAAGCCCUAGCUCUCUGGUAUGCUGGCGGACCAGCUCUCCCUAGAAACGUAAUCGUUCAGACGUCGUCGCAAGGAAACACGUCCUGCAAGUUAGAACUGUACCCUCUGUGUGUAAAGUUACUGAGACAUCAGACCCCUCAAGCUAAGCAGAAUGGGUGGAGUGGUGUUAAUCUUGGAUUAGGCAAUAUAUCACUGAGUUCCUCAGGACUCGGUAUCAACAUCUCAGGAAACAGCGGUACACCCCAAGCUCCCAAGCGCUACGUGGCGUACAUGGCAUGCUUCAGCAAGAUGCACACCCUUCAACAGGUCCAUGAAUUCCUGGCGGCGAGGUUAAGGGUCAGGAUGGAGGAAAUGAGGUUAUGGAACCUCAAAGAUGAGAACAACCCUGUAGUCCUUGAAGACGAUUCCAGCACGUUGGAUCAGCUUGGCAUUGCCGAUGAGCAGAGCCUACUAAUAGAGAUCAGGAACAAGGAUCUUAGCUGGCCGGAAGAGAUGUCAUUAUUAGCCAAGAAGAAAGCAGACAGGCAACAGAGUGUGCGAACAGAUAAAGGUGUUACCGGUCUCAGUAACCUUGGUAACACAUGUUUCAUGAAUUCUGCCGUCCAGUGUAUCAGCAACACUCAGCCUCUCAGACUAUACUUCCAAACAAAGUCUUACCUCUACGAACUAAACCCAACAAACCCGCUGGGGAUGAAAGGUCAUCUUGCCAAGAGAUAUGGUGACCUUGUCAAUGACCUUUGGUCGGGUACAGCACGGAGUAUAGCACCUCUUAAACUCAGGUGGACAAUAGCCAAGUAUGCUCCUCGCUUCAGCGGGUUCCAGCAGCACGACUCCCAAGAACUAUUAGCUUUCUUACUGGAUGGUUUACAUGAAGACUUGAACAGGGUCCAUGAAAAACCGUAUGUUGAGUUGAAGGACAGUGAUGGCAGGCCGGACGAAGAGGUUGCAACGGAGGCUUGGGAGAACCACAUGAAGAGGAACAAGUCUGUGAUUGUGGACCUGUUCCAAGGCCAGUUGAAGUCCCAGGUUCGGUGUAAGACCUGUGGUCACAUCAGCGUGAGGUUUGAUCCCUUCACCUUCCUCUCGUUACCCCUCCCGAUGGAAAGCUCCAUGCAUGUAGAGAUUGUUGUUGUUCGACUUGAUGGAAGUGUACCUGUGAAGUAUGGCCUCAGAUUGAACACCGAUGACAAGUACAAGUCUUUGAAGAAGCAGUUAGCGGAUCUGUGUGACAUGAGAUCAGAUCAACUUGUCUUAGCUGAGAUCGGUGGAGCAAUGGUUAGGAGUUUUCCGUCCGAGUCCCAGAAGAUUCGCACAAUGCUAGGAGGCAUCCUCUACGCUUAUGAAGUUCCGCAGACGUCGUCAUCAGGGAUCUGCAAAUCAGCAAGUCAAGUAUCGAUUGGCUCAGAAACUAAUGCUAGCCAAACUGCCAUAAUCCAUUCCGAAUCCAGCCAGCACCCUCUUCCUCCUAUCAACACUGUAACCAAGGAGAACUCUGGGGUACACAGACCACCUGCCAAUGGGGAUAUCCCCAGGGCGGGAGGGGUGUCACCAGACCCCUCGACCACUUCAACGGGGGCACUCGACAAGAGGAGAAGAUUGGAGAAUGGAACAACUGCCAAAGAUGACAAGGACAAUGACACACCAACAAGCAGUACCCCUGAGUCUGUGGUCAGUUCCAGUCACUCGCCGUCCACUCCCAGUCAAUCUCGAGUCCUUCAGGCCCAGCACAGCCGGACCCCAAGCACUGCCAGUGGUACCAGCGCGGUCACCACCUCCCCCGUCAUGCCAGGGGCAGAGUUUGAUGGCUUUGUGGUGGCAAUGCAUCGGAAAAUGAUUCGAAUGGAUAUGUACUUCCUAGCCUGGCAGAAGAGCCGGCCAUGUCUCUUUGGCUUGCCCCUCAUCCUGCCCUGUGUGCCCUCGACCACCAGGGAUGACCUGUACAAGGUGGUCUGGACCCAGAUCUCUCGACUGGUCAGCCCCACCAAACCAACGGACCACAACACCGGUCAUAACAAGAAUCAUGCGGAGGAUUGCGACAGCCCUCGUCAGAAGUACCCGUUUACACUGAAGGCAGUGCUGAAGGACGGCUUGACUUGUGCCUGGUGCCCGUGGUAUAGAUUCUGCAGAGGAUGCGACAUACCAUGCGACAGUGAAACUCUGAGAUCUGGCUUAGCCUACAUUGCUAUUGAAUGGGACCCUACGGCGCUUCAUCUGAGGUAUCAAAACUCACAAGAAAGGUUUGUUACCGAGCAUGCAAGCUGUGAAAACAGCAGGCGGCUACAGACAGAGCCGAUCAAUCUAGACGAUUGUUUACGAGCAUUCACCAAGGAGGAGGAGCUAGGAGAAGAUGAAUUGUACUACUGCUCAAAGUGCAAGCAGCACCGGCUGGCAGCCAAGAAACUAGAUAUCUGGAGGCUUCCACCCAUCCUGAUCGUACACUUGAAGAGAUUCCAGUUUGUGAACGGCAGGUGGGUGAAGUCGCAAAAGAUUGUGAAAUUUCCGAAAAGGAGCUUCAAUGUUAGUAACUUUGUGGUCCCAAGAGAGGACAGCGAACCCAAGAUAAUUGAUGUGACGAACGAUGUAUCCGCAGGGACAGAAGGCAAUCACAAAGAUUCCAAUGUACUAGGUCCCCAAGCAGGCAUCAGCAUCAAUGCCAUCGAGAUGAGUAGCGAGGGGCAUACGCACCGGCAGACGGACAGUGGGAGGGGGAGCAGCAUUGUCGUCAAUGGCGAUACGGACCAUUCAGACACGGAAGACCGCGCCCAGUCGGAGGAUGGAGGCGUGUCAUCAUGUGAGAGACGGGAGAGACCGGCUGCACUUCGUCUUGAUACGCCGGGCAGCGCUUUGCCUCUGGUUAAUGGUGACUGCUCGUCGGACGUAAAUGGACAUGUGAAGGUGGAGGAGGGGGAGGAGGGUGGGGUCAAGGACCAGGACAGUGGGUAUGGUACCCUUGAGAGUGGACAGGGGGAUGGGUCACACACCCAAUCAGGGUCAAACUCACCGAGCAAACCCAAGUUAAAGAAGCAGGCUUCGUUGUUGACUCCACCCGUUGAUGCUACAGAAUCUCAUCCGCUACUUCAUCCACACACUAAACCAGAGGAGGAAGAGGACGACAGUCAGAUGUACGACCUCUAUGGAGUCGUGAGUCAUACUGGUAUUCUUGGAGGAGGUCAUUAUGUUUCUUACUCUGUGAAUCCAAACAAGAAGUGGUAUUGCUACAAUGAUAGCAGUGUCAAGGAAGUAAAGGAAGAGAUUGAUAUGGACAACGCCUACAUGCUCUUCUACGAAUGCAGGUCCAUGUCUUACGUACAGUACAUACCCGACACGUCGGGCAAGCACCCGGAUAUGACACCCAUCGAGGACGAAAUCGAGGCAGACUAUCGCAAGUUCUGCGUCAUCCAAUGACUAGUGGGGCGAGGCAAGCUGGGGGGAGUGUUGGGCACAGGACUGUUCUGGCUCUGGACAGCUGCCCGCGAAGGUAUGAGGGCGGUGGGUACCAUCAAGAAAAACUAAAUUUUCUCCUUUGGGGUGAUAAUCAACAAAGGUCAAGUCCACCCUUAGAACAGCAGUGAGUAGGUGGAAUAGCUCAGUCGAUAUAGCGGUAGCCUUGGAGUUUGGUAACCAGAGUUUGAUUCCCACUUGGUGCGGUCCCUUGGAAAGGAUCUAAAAUCUUUAGUCCUGUGGUUGUUUGCUCACACGCACUCAUGCAAUCAGGUUAAAAAAGAUUACCACCAGCAAUAAAUAUGAUAUGAAUUAGAUUAGAAAAAUCAAACGAUCAUGGUUUUGAAAUUUUCAUUAAAUUUAUGGCGUGUCAUAUUUUCGCUUCGUUUCAUGAAAUACUUAUAUUCAUAACACAGCCUGUUUGCAUUUUUGAAUUUCAUGAUAUGAAAUUUUGAAGUAUUCAUCAUUUAUAGAUUUCAUGAAAACUCUUAAUGAAUUUACAUUAACAUACAACAAAGAUCAUUUGAAAUGUGGACUCAAAGCAUGUUUAGAAGAAAAAUAUAAAUAUUUGAAUUUUCAUAUUAAAAUACAAGUAAUAAGUGAGUGUGACAUCACACCUGUCUUUUCCGCAUGAACUGGUCAAUUAAAGCAAAAAGUUUUAAUCAGUGGUAACUUUGCUAAUUUUUAUCUAAAUUGAUGACAAUUUCAGUGCUUUGUUUGUUGGAUUUUUUUUUCAAUUUAAGCUUAUCACCUUUAUACAUAUCAGGGUAGGCUUGGCCUUCAAAGUGUAAUUUUCUCAAUAGAUUUUAUGAAAAAAUAAUUCAAACUUUCUGUAAGCCUGAUUUUUUUUUAUAGAUUUUUGAAAGCUGUUAGGUUAGACAGAUUGAAAAUUGCAAGAGGAAUUGUGGACUUGAUAAUUGCAAUAUGAUAACAUUUUUCUAUGAGAAAAAAGUGUGUCCGAAAGUUUAGAAUCUUUUUGAAUCUAUAUAUGCAAGAAGUUUCAUUCAAUAUAAGGUGAUGACUGCAAAUUUGCAGUGUUGGGAUCUCGUAGUGAACUUGAAGAAAAUAUAUUCGGGAAUGAUUGGAGAAAAAUGGAAAUAGAUAUAUCAAAACCACAGGAAUCAUGCAAAAAACUCUUAUGAUCCCAGAAUCUUGAAUCGCGGAAUAGCCUUGUAGUUCCAGGUCUGAUGAAAAUUAAGUCCUACGCCCCACCCAUCCAGUUUGCCUCGCAGUAAAUGCCUCCUCUGACAAUCCUAUAAGUCAAAGGUCACCAACCAAACAGGUGGCUUCUGGGAAGAAAACAUGUCUUCCCGAUGUCGAGCAAAGAACACAAUACUGUACUUAAGUUAAAAAAAAACAACCUUUUUUAUCAGUUGAUGUUGUAAUUUUCAUGACGGUAUAUUUUCUUGGUGAUUGAAUCGCUUUCUGACGUGAAGUGAAUAUCCAUGCUAGUUGUUUGAUGUGGAUUCUGGUGUGACUGUUGACAGUAGAGUUAAAGUAUCCAAACCAAGGUGUGUUCUUUCUGUUGCAUGUCUUGAUGUCAUAGAGUUAUGAAUCAUAUGGUAAAAAAUAUUAAAUCGACAUCUGAAUCUCUGUGCAAAUCUCAAAACAUGUAUGUAAUAUUCUUCUUUACGUUGGAAGUGUUUUCUCCUUUUUUUGGUUUCGAUUCCGUCUCAUAGCUUAGAAUUGUUACUUGCUCUAGCUAUUUCAGGCAUUAUUUGACUGCCCAGCUUAAGCCUCAUUGUGCAAGCGAUUCAAAAUGCAGUACUCAUAGUGGCUGCAAAAUCAGAAGUUAGAAAAUAUACUUAUAUCUGAAAGAAUAAUUUUUUUCUGUACCUACUCAAAGUCAUGAAAUUUAUGUGUAAAAAUACAACAUGUAUGUGUGUGUGGGUUUGAGUUUUUUUUUUUUAUUUUCUACUUAUUUAUUAUAAGUCUAAUCAAGAAUUCAUGCUGGUUAUAGUUGAUCAAUUUUGAUAUCCUAUUUAUGUCUUUAAAUUUUGUAAACUUUUUUUCAAACACUUCAUAAAAAAACUCAUAAUCAAUUACCCAAACUUGAAAUCAUUUACAUUUGUUUGAUGGAAGGUAACAAAUGUUUAGUUAGUUAAUAAAACAUAAUUUAAAGUCGUUGAACAUUGUAUUGCAAUCAUAAUAUUCUUUUAAAUCAUUCCCCUUUCAAAAUUGCCAAAAAUGUAUGCUUUUAGAUUUUACAUGUGUACCAAUAUUGGUAUUUAUGGGGCUCAUAUAGUCAUUGUUUUAAUGUUAAUGAAUACAGAUUAGAUGUUAUAAUAUUCACCAUGUCGAUUCAGGUUGGUAUUUUAUAUUCGAAAGAAGAUAGGUUAUCUAUUCUAUCUUUAAAUUUGGUCAUAAUGUUACAUCACUUGAAUCACGAUGAUGGAUGUUUAAGUAUUAAGUCUUUCAUUAAACUUUAUUCAUUCAGUUCAGCAAAACACAUCUCCGUUUUGGUUUAAUAGUACCAAUGUAGAAAAUAAACGAAACAUUGAAAAUGUGUGUGUCAGAGAGAGAGAGAGGGGGAGGGAGCAAGACAUAUUAAGAAGGUACAGUAGGGUAAUUAAAGGUUUAGGAUUUAGAAGAAGCAAUUUAAGAUUUACAAACUCAUCAGAAUUGAACACUGAGAUAUCCACCAAUGCAAUUGCAUUUAAGUGAUAUUGUUCCUUGUUUAGUUUUUUUUAUUCAGUUAGAAAUCAUUUUAUACUGUAUCAUUAUAUUUUCUUUAUUGAUUCUUUAAGACAAACAUUUUAACCAAAGAGAGGCACUCCAAAAUGGAUUCCCCCUUUUUUCCAUUUCUCAAGCCAUUGAUUGUGUUUUUGCCACAUUGUCAUGUAAAUUCAACAAUGUUGUGCUGUAGAAAAAUUGUAUUUUGGAAUAUCUGUUUUACCAAGGUUAGGAUAAUCAGAGCAUUUUUAGCAUGCAUUGGUGCAUAUGUGCUGCUGGUUACAUUUGUAUAGCUGUUACCAUCACACGUGAGUUCAGAUUUCCAUUAUAAAUGUACAUUGUCGUUAAAAAAAAAAAAAAAACCCUUCUAUUCAAAUAAAAUCAUAACCAAUGAAUGGAUAAAGAAAUAACUUAAGUCAGCGAAUCUAAAUAAGCCAUCACAUUUGUUGGUGUAAAUGGUUGUUUUGUUUCAUUCAGACUAAAAAAAUUAACUCUGGUGAGUAAAUUCAUUUCUUAUUCUCCAGAAAUUUGGCGCAGGAAGGGCCAUUUGUUAUAAAUUGGUUGCAUGAAAUGUGGUUUCUAAAUUUACAUCACAGCACUUGAAAAGUGUAACAUUUCUGACUCGCAUUGUAGUUUAUUUGUUUGAAUAAGACUCAAAGAUUUUAUCUUCUCCCAUUUGUUAAAAAAAAUGCAACUCCCGAUAAGCAAUGUCAAAGGUAAGAAAAUGCAUAAGUGGUUGUACAAAGGACAGUGAUGUUUCAUAAAGCUGUUUUGUAAGUUAAGCAAUGACUUUACAGACAACUGAUGACUAGGGUCACAUUUCAAUAAAAGUUGAUAUGAUAGCAACUCUUGCUGGAACAUCAACUACCCUGCCAACAGUGCUCAAUAUGUUUCCUGAUUGGCUCUUCCGAUGAAAGUUGACAUUCCUACAAAUUUGGGACCAUAACUUUUUAUGAAAUCAUCGCCUUUCCGCACAAAGGCUAUUAGUGCGCACUGCAUUGCGUUCCCGCACAAAGGCCUUCAGCGUGCACUGCACGUCGCCUCCCUGCUCCCCUCUAUCAUGAAAUGCUCCUGUAUUGUUGCUUAUUCUGCAGUCACCUUUCCCCUACGAUGUCUGCAUGAUGAGUCGAAAACAGCCAUUUUAUGGAUCUCUAUGCCACGUGCAGGGAACUUGUGCCAAAAUGAUAAAAAUUACUCUUUUUUUUACCUGCCGUACGGCCAUCUUAGACAAAACGGGACUGCACCUUAAAUAGUGUCCUUCAUCAUUUUUGUCAAGUUCAUAUCAAAUCUUUGUAGACCGAAAUUCUUGCUAACAAGUAUCUGAACACAACUUUAAAAAGGUAAAUCGAUUUGGAUCAUGGGUGUUAACUGGGGUAUUUCAGUUAAUAUGAUAAGAAUAUGUCACUGGUCAUUUGCCAGGUUGUGCAGCAAGUUGUUUGUAACUUACAAACAGGUUUAUGAAACACUGUCCUGGUUAUAUAGUAUAGAUUAUGUUGAGUAAUUUUUGUUUGUAUGAUGUUUUUUUAUCAACUCCUUUUGUGAAAAUUUUUAAUCUAUAUUUUUUCCAGUAAUCUAAUUGUGAAGUGGCAAUCACAGGUAUAAAAUUAGAAACACACAAUAUCCUCUAAUGAAAUUACCUUUAUAUUUAUUAUUCUGAAUUUUAUAUAUUUCAUUUUUAUGGAAUCAGAUAAUGGAAUUUUUACUUAUGUUUGUAUGUAAUUGUUGUUUUCAUGAGAUGAAAAUUACAUUUUUAAUUUGUUCCUUUCAUGUAAAUUAAAUGUAAGAAAUCCCCUCCUAUAUGCAAAUUACUUCAUGAAAUGUACAUGAGAUGUUUUAUAUCUUUGCAAAUCCAUUCCCGACACACCAGAAUUUUUUUUAAUGGGCAAAUAAUGUUCAUUUGAAUUUGUAGGUGAUGUCAGAUGAUAACUGUCUGCAUACUACUUCUACCAGGGCAUUUUCAGAAUAUGGAAAAUACUUGUUUAGGGUCCGAUCAACCACAACUAUGGAAUGCCAGCAAUGCCAACAUCUAAAAUGCAUGUUUGUUCAAGAUAUUUCCUAGAUAAGCUGUUUACUCAUACAAACAAUUAAUUUCAAUGGUAUUAAGCAUAUUAAUUAACGUUACACCCUCGUUAAAAAAACCAAAAAAACGUGACUGUCGUAUCACUGUUUCUAAUGGGCUAGUCCUCUUUAGCAUGUAGGAGAUUCAUUUUAUGACAUGGAGAGAUGACAUUAUGAUACUGUAUCCAUUCAUUAAACCAAAAGUGGUUUCUUCUCCAAAAAUUUGAAAUACAAAUUUGUGUCAUCCAAACAAGUGGUAAUACAGUGCGUUUCUUCUUGUGGACAAUGUCUAGCCAAAUUUUGGGGUUUGUUUUCAUGAGCAUUUAUCAAUUAUUCUGAUUCUAGUUCUUUCACUUUUCAUAUGUAUAAUGUAUUUUUCUAAAGAUGAAUGUGUUUUUAUUAUGGUUUUUUUGGUUUGACAUUGGUAUUAUACAUACCACAAAAUAUUGAUUGUGUGAAUCUUGGAAUUUUUUGUGUCAUUAAUAAGGAAAUUGCCUUACAGGGCAUGGAUGUAUCUAGAAGUUCCCAGCUUAACUCUUGUGUAAAGUAUAUAUUUGGUAAUAUUAAAAGAUAAAUUCCAGGGAGCUUGCUUUCAGGCGAGCACAAAAUUUCACAGAAAAAUGAAUAAUUUGAUAAAAUCUGAGAAAAAAAGUGAAUUGAGAUAAAAGACAAAUUUGGCAGAAAUGAUAAAAUACAGCAAGAUGAUAUUGGAAAAUCAGGCAGAAUCAGAUAAUCAAAUACAUUUAUAGCCUGUUAGCAAAACUUUAAAACCGAAGUUUAGUUGUGAAUUAGGAGUUAAAUGCCUCAAAUAAACGAUAAACAAUUAUCUGCUGAUAAUCACAUACUCUGCACACAGAAAGAAGACAUGUAUAGGUUUCUAUACUCACAGUUGGUCAGCCUGAUAUUUUCAUUUUAUUUCUCAUAAUACGUUUAUGAUUGUGAGUGUAUUUGAAUCUCAUUUUCCAUAUAAAUCUCUGAGGUACCCCUAAAUAUCAUUCAAUUAUACACAAUGUUUGUCUCAUUUUCCCCCAUUCUUGAAUAUCACUUUUAACAGCACAAUGCUUUGAAAUACUCCAGUGCCCAUGUUUUAGCCUUGCAAAUUUUAUUUGGUAAUGCAUUUUCACAGUUCACAAUAUAUUUGUCAUAUUUUUGUUGCAUGCCACAAAGAGCACAAUUUUUUGGGGAAAAUGGAAUACCAGAAAACAAAUUUGUAUUGGAAAAGACAAUAGAAUUGUGGAUGUUGCCCAAGCAUUUAUAAUUCACCUGAUUUGUAAUAUUUGCUGAUAUGAAACAGCUUGGAAGAAAUGAAGGAAAUUAUUAACAUCCGCACAAAACCUUUAAUGAUGCAAAAUGAAUAAGUAAAGUUAUUAAUGCCAUAGUAUUUUGAUAUUUAAUAUGUGUAGGUCAUUGGACAGAGAUGACAGUUAGACAUCUUUGAAUAGAUUUGAAUAAAAAAAAAGGGUGCGAAUAUGAAAUGAAAAUGAUGUUUUAAAAAUGGAUAGUUUUAGAAUCAAAUCACCUGUUUGCAGAUACAAAAUAUGACAAGAAAUUUUGUCGAAACACUAGUAGAUAAUGAAGGGGAAUUUACACAGUGUAAGAUUAAUGAUGAAUUGAAUUGUUUGAAGGGAGAGAAUAUAUACAUUUAUAUAUAUUUCAAGAGAAAUAUUGUUUGAUGAUGAUUUUCAAUUGAAAGGAGUACUCUUUAUCUCCACCUCUCAGGAAAAUUAUUAAAAAUUGAUUGGUAAGAUUAAUAUUGAUAAGAAAUUAUUCUUAUCCCCCUUUCAACUCUAGACAUAAGUAGGAGUGCCCUGAAUAGUUACACACUGUCACUUAUUAUGACAUUAAAUACAGUAUAAUGUCACGGUUCUAUUAAAAUUAAUCUAUAAUGUAUUGGUUGAAUAUGAUAAUAUAUCAUAUGUCUCGAUUAGUAGUAUAUUAUGUAACAAAAUAAGCUUGAACUAUUCGUAUUUUACAUGCCAUGUUACUUAUUAGAAUGAAAGAGAAUAGUAUUAUUGUUAUUUUUUCCCUUCAUUUUGUCUGGGGGCAUUGAGUUUUUAAAUUUUAGAAUGUUUUCCAAGAUUGCAAACAUACUACAUUUCAUAUGUCAGAACUUAACUGUUCACUGCAAUUAUUUACGAAAUCAUGCUUGAUGAUACCAUUUGAUAAAGAUAUUUCUAACUAAUAAGAGAGUUGAUUUUAUUUUGAUUUUUUGUACAGUUGUGUAUAAGAUGAUAAAGAAGAAUCUAUUAUCUAUUGAAAUAUUUUACUUCAUUUCAUUUUUUUCUAUAUGGGAUAUGAUAUAAAUAUGUUUUUUCGUACAUGGAAUGAAUUGUACACAGUUGUGAAUGGUUUUCAAUUGUAUUUCUUGUGGCUGUGUACUGUAUUUCCUGUCAAUUUGUACUAAUUUACCAAAUGUAUAGGUAGAAAUUUCUUGUCAUAUUUCAAGUGAUUUUGUUGCAGAUUUGUACAUUUUGCAUUCGGUACGGAAAUUAAAUGUUCCAUGAAUUAGAAUGUUGAGGAUGACGUAACAAUCCAAACCAAUCAAUUGUUUGAUAAACUUGUGUACCCAGUCAUAUAAAUUGUUACCCUGUACUAUUUUGAUAUGUAUUACUAGAGAAUUCUUCAUGGAACAACUGAUUUCUCCUCCACGAGUCUGUGCAAUCCUAUAAGGGGAUAUUGUUGUGGUUUUUUUUUCCUGAUUAUUUUUUUGGUCAGAUAUGAGAGGAGAGCAAAUAUAUAUUUUCCUUCUUCUGUUUUACAAAAUUGAUAUCAAUGAUUUUCAGAGAUUGAUUAAACUUGUAUGCACAAUG